AUGUUAAGAAAGCACAUGACCUUGGUGGUCAUUUCAGAAAAGAGUUUAAAGGUCAUAUCAUUCAAGCAGAUGCAAAUAUUGACUAUUUCGAAAGCGCAUUUAAUAAAAUAUAAUAAAGAAUUGAUCAUUCGAUAUGUGCUGAACCAGAAACAUAAAGUCACAUCUUGUAAACACGUAAGUAGUAUUGUUCACAAUAAGGACAUAGAUACAAAAGAAUCGUUUUCUAAAGCAGUAAAAUAA